GAGCGAUCGGCAGUACCAUUGGCACCACCACGAUAGUCAUUUGAGUUGAUGCCAGUUGCAGUAGAACCGCGUUAACGCGUCUUCACGCGGUCAGAUUUAUCCCGAUAGUUUCUCUCAUAAUUGAUCGACCGACCAGUCUCAACCGUCUAAUUUAUCAUUAAGUGCGAAGUUUCCAAUCGUGGAAGUAAAUUAUCGGCGGAUAUUGGUGCGGUGUGCAGUGGCUGGUUUCGUUAAGAACAAGAUGCAUAGAAGGUACGAAGGUAGCGAAGGUUGAAGGAUGCUUCCGGCUUCUGGCUUCGAUGGAACUGUGCUGCAUCAGAGACGCGAGUGACGCGCACCCGGCGGCAAGGAUUUAUGAAUGAAGACACGGAUGGCGGGGACGUGAAUGAAGCGCGGCUCAUCGAAUAAACGUCGAUCGUUCGUGCAGCGAGUGCUUGUUCCCGCGAUAAGCUACGUCGGAUCGUAGGUACACGUACGGGCGUGUGUUUAUUCGACGAUCGAUAACGCGAGUCGCGAGACGAUCGUGCGGUCGCGGCUGGAACGCUCGGACGUCGCGAAAGCUGCGUGCGACGCGAAGAGAACGUCGGAGAGAUGAGCCUCGAAUGAUCGGCGAGAAACGGAGAAUCGACACCGAGAAUGCCCGAUAGCUCGGACCAACUAUCGUCGCCGAACAGCGAAUGCAACAGUCAGAUCGGUGGCAUGCACCGGAACGCGUCCACCGGGCAAUUUGACGACUCGUCGAUGUCCGGGCUCUCGUUGACGCAUCACUCGCAUUCCCAAAAUCUGACGGCGGCGUCGAACGGCGGCCUUCAGUAUCCGCAGGAGCUGACCACUUGCAGUUCCGCGAAUACGCCCGCCAAUAUCGGAAACAUCGGCGGGCUUUCUCUGGGAAUUACAGCCAGUAACUAUACGCCGGAUCAGAUAUCUUGUAUGUGCAAGGCGUUAUCGCAGAGACAGGAUAUCGAGAAGCUUACGAGGGCACGACGUUGUUUCGAUAACAGGCUCCUAUGGUCUUUGCCGCCCGGCGAGUUGCUCCGCCGUGACGAGAACGUGUUGAUAGCGAGAGCCACGGUGGCCUUUCAUCGAGGCGCUUACCACGAGCUCUACUCCAUCCUGGAGAGCCAUCCUUUCUCACCUGAUCGGCACCCGGAGCUGCAGCAGAUGUGGUUCAAGUCGCAUUACAGCGAGGCGGAGAAGAUCCGCGGCAGGCCGCUUGGCGCGGUGGACAAAUACCGGCUACGGAAGAAGUACCCGCUGCCAAAGACCAUUUGGGACGGCGAGGAGGUGGUGUACUGCUUCAAGGAACGAUCGAGGAACGCGUUGAAGCAAUGCUACAUGAGGACCAAGUACCCGCUCUCCGAGGAGAAGAAGAACCUGGCGAAGGAGACCGGCCUGACCUUGACGCAGGUGGCCAAUUGGUUCAAGAAUCGACGGCAAAGGGAUCGCACGCCGCAGACGAGACCGGACAUGUUGCCGUUAAACUGCCAGAAUAACGCCGGCAACGUGAUCGGCAGCACGGUGAGCAACGGGGAAAGCAUUCAAUCGUUGCAGAGUAUCGAUUCGAACGGCACGAAUCUGGCGAUGUCGCCGCUCUCGACGAUGAGCAUGUCGCCGAUCGCUGUGAACCCGUGCAGCCCGAUGGGCAUGAGUCCUAUGGCUCCCCGUCAUCCCAGAUACGCGACACCCGUGGUUCCGUCCUCCGUGCACACUACGCAUCCUCACAGCGGCGGCCUCAGUCCCAUGAACGACGUGAAAACGCUGUGCUACGGACGCGGCGUUUGCGAAACCGGCAAGGACACGGAGCAGACCUCGGUCUACUACUCGAGCCAUUCGAGCAUGCAUCAUCAGUAUUACCAGCAGACGCAUCAUCAAAUGAUGUCCAGCGCUCAUCAUUAUCAGCACCAUCAACAGGGGAUGCCGACCGGAUACGAAAUUACGCUUCCGCCUCCUCAGCACUCGACGUGACCAACCGAUUACGGGAACGAUCGGAACGACGCGGCUCACCCUGGUCAAAUCGACGACGUGUUCUCGCGUGUUCACGCGUUUGCCUGACUCGGUCUCCCACGCACAAUCGACGUGGCGUUGCGUCACGCGACGCAAUCGGUCUGUUCCUUCGUGUCGCGUAACGUUUCUUGUACAUUUUUUCUAUCCGCGGACGUUCGGUUUCGGAGGAACGAGGCGAUCCAACGUUCGCGCGAUCGUACGCCUCGUUCCCUGGCCAAUGAAGGCGCAACCUCGUCCGUAAAAUGUUCUGGGAGGAGCCUUCCCUCGAAGGAGAACUGGUUUCGAAGGCGCACCCUUCUCAAAAGGUGUUCGCCAUGGAGUUUUCUCAGCUGCUCCUCCUCCCUCCUCCCUCUGUGUGCGAGAAAAACGACCGUGCAAACGAGCGCAUUUCACCGAUGCAAAUCGAUAUCGUGUCGCUGCGCGGAUCGCUUCCUUGCGCCCAAGUCUCGCUCGUUUCGCGUAGUAUCCCUUCGCGAAUUCUACGCGAACGCGUCGUGGGUUUACCAGGACGAAGCUCUGUCUCCUUCUAGCUCUUGAAAACGAUCCGCUUGCGACGCGAACCGGUCGCAAGUUGCCGCAGUUACCAUUCACUUUCCUUUUUUAAUCGAUUCGAGGACGAUCGAACGAGUUAAUGUUCCUUCACUCGGAAAUAUCGGAUUAUUUCGACGCGACGAAAGCAACGUUUGCUACUCGCUUGAGUCACGUGCAUGCGUGUGUCGGCAGUACGUCGACGUAUGUACAUACGUAUGUAUUAUGUACGUGUGCAUGUAAGUAUGUGUGUAUGCAUGUAGUAUGUAAAUAUAGGUUGAUCACAGUGUUCAAUUUCUGGUGCAAAAUAUAUUUUUCGACCGUGGAAUCGAGCCUACGAAUAAACAGAGUACGCUUGGACAACUCGAUUCUCGUGUCCCACAACUGGAAUGAAACGAUCUCUCGCAGAACGAUGUAUCGCUUUGACGAAAAUUUUAUUGUACAACCAUGUGCGAGAUGCGUUAGAUGUAUAGUUUAAGUAAAUCAUAAAUCUGU